UGCCGCUACACAGGGAGCCAUCAACUGCCGCCUAUUUUAGAAGUUGAGAAAGGAGGGGCUUAACGAGAAGUUGUUGGGCUGGCUGUGACCGAAGAGGAACGGAAGACCAAGGUGAUGCAACAUCCAAUAACCCAAUAUUGGCAGGAAACAUCACAGCCCGUGUAAAGAGCAGUGAAGGCAACAGAUGCGAGCUCGCCUCCACGCAUAGAAAAGUUUCUGGAUUAGGGCAGAAUUAACACAAAGCAGCGACGCCACUCCAGCAACACUCGCAAACAGCGCAGAAGAGGCACGAGGGGGACGGAGACACUCAAGCGAACGCCACCUCAGAAAAACUUCAAACUCUGAUAGCGAGAGGAAGACGAGUCCAUCCCACAGAGAGAGAGAGAGAGAGAGAGAGGCAGCAGAGGCAGAGAGACGGCAGCAGAGAGACAGGGGAUCUUUGCCGACAAGGUCCUGAAGGAUGGAAGAGAAGCAGUUCUCCGGGAUCCUGAAUGGAGCAGUUCCAGGCGAGCCAGUGAAGAAGGAUGAAAACUCCCGGAGAGGGAACUGGGGCAACCAGAUAGAGUUUGUCCUCACCAGCGUGGGCUAUGCUGUGGGCCUGGGCAAUGUCUGGAGGUUUCCCUACCUUUGCUACAGAAAUGGAGGAGGUGCCUUCAUGUUACCAUACUUCAUCAUGCUGGUGUUCUGUGGCAUUCCUCUCUUCUUCCUCGAGCUGUCCUUUGGUCAGUUUGCCAGCCAGGGGUGUCUGGGAGUAUGGAAGAUCAGCCCCAUGUUCAAAGGUGUGGGCUAUGGCAUGAUGGUGGUGUCUACCUACAUUGGGAUCUAUUACAACGUGGUCAUUUGUAUUGCCUUCUACUAUUUCUUCAUGUCCAUGACAAAUUUGCUUCCAUGGACCUACUGCAACAACCCGUGGAACACACCGGACUGCAGCGGGGUGCUGGGCAGCAGCCCCCUGCUCAACGCCAGCCUGGUUAACACUACCACAAGCCUGGUAGCAGCGGCAUCCGAGGUAGUCAACCGUACCAAGAGGACCAGCCCCAGUGAGGAGUACUGGAAACACUAUGUGUUGAACAUCUCGGAUGAUAUUGGGAAUUUUGGAGAGGUCCGUCUUCCUAUCCUGGGCUGCCUGGCGGUGUCCUGGUUUGUCGUAUUUCUCUGUCUCAUCAAGGGUGUUAAAUCCUCUGGAAAGGUGGUGUACUUUACAGCCACAUUCCCCUAUCUUGUUUUGACCAUCCUGUUUAUCCGUGGCAUCACCCUGGACGGAGCCAUCAAUGGCAUCAAGUUCUACCUGACUCCACAAUGGCAGAAGGUUCUUGAUGCAAAGGUGUGGGGAGAUGCUGCAUCCCAGAUCUUCUACUCCCUGGGCUGUGCAUGGGGUGGUCUCAUUACCAUGGCUUCCUAUAACAAGUUCCACAACAACUGUUUCAGAGACAGUAUCAUCAUCAGCGUAACAAACUGUGCGACCAGCGUCUAUGCCGGCUUUGUCAUUUUCUCUAUCUUGGGCUUCAUGGCACACAACCUGAACGUCCCUGUGUCAGAGGUGGCUGACCACGGCCCGGGCCUGGCCUUUGUAGCCUACCCAGAAGCCCUCACUCUGCUCCCAAUCUCACCACUCUGGUCACUUCUCUUUUUCUUCAUGCUCAUCCUCCUGGGACUGGGGACUCAGUUCUGUCUGCUGGAGACCCUGGUGACGGCCGUCGUCGAUGAGAUCGGUACGGACUGGAUCAUCAGGAACAAGACGGUUGUCACAUUGUCAGUGGCCAUAGUUGGGUUUUUACUUGGAGUGCCACUAACGACACAGGCAGGAAUCUAUUGGUUGUUACUGAUGGACAACUAUGCUGCUAGUUUCUCUCUGGUCAUCAUCUCUUGCAUCAUGUGCAUCUGCGUUAUGUAUGUUUAUGGCUACAGGAACUACUUUAAAGAUGUUGAGAUGAUGCUGGGCUUCCCUCCUCCUCUCUUCUUCAAAGUCUGCUGGAGAUUCAUCUCCCCCCUCAUUAUCUCUUUCAUCCUGAUCUUCACAGUGAUCCAGUACAAGCCCAUCAAGUACAAUAACUAUGUGUAUCCCGGCUGGUCUCUGGCUAUCGGCUUCUCCAUGGCUUUGUCCUCAGUGGUCUGCAUACCGAUCUAUGCCCUCUACAAGAUCUCAAGGUCCCCAGGAGCCACCUUCAGAGAGCGGUUGAAGUUCGCUUGCAUGGCAGAUCCAAAUUGGGGCCCCGCCCUGCAGGAGCACCGGACAGGCCGCUACGCCCCCAUGGCCUCCGAAGACACUGUGGAGGCUCGUCCCCUCAAGGAGAAGGAGGAGCUGAAGGAGGAGCUGAAAGAUGACGAGAAGGAGAGGAAGGAUGAGAUCAGCCUCACCAUCCAGGGAAGCAACGGCUCCACUAACACACACAGCAACCCCAACCCCAGCGCAUAGACGGCACCCCGCUCUCUCAAUGCUACCGGGCACGACCCUCGGUGCCCCACCAUUUUUUUCUUCUCUUCCUCCCUUCUCCUCCAUCCUCACCCCACUUUCCCACAUUCCUCUGUGGGGGAGAUUCCAUUCGCUGGAGACCUUUACAUAUUGUAAGGGCUUAUUAUAUCUAUCCUAACCUCUUCUAUCUAUCUGUAUGUUGUCUCUCGAUAAAACGAAGAAGAAGAAAAAAACGAAAGAAAG